AUGACGAGUAGAACCACGAAUAACGAAAGUAAUUCAAAUUUAAAAUUAUUGCUUCCGUUGGAGACUUUUCAUUUGCAAAUUAAUAAGCCACCUCCUCAACCAGCCAAAGAAUUUAUCUAUCAACGAAGCUCCAUCCAUGAAUUAUUCAUAAACAACGACAAUGUUACACCGAACAAAUCAAAGGAAACAAAUUCAAACAACAACUCCAUCACUAAUGUAACAUCUCCAACUUCCUCAAUACCAAUCAUCACUCUGUCCCUAUCCAAUCUCAAACCUACACCACCCUCUACAGCUUCCCGAAGACAUUCUCUUGUUUCAUGCCGAUCUCCGAGUUGUACAUCAUUGGGGGAUCCCGAUGAAACUGACCUCGCUCUUCCUACAGAGCCAGUUAAGAUUGUUCCUUACUCGCCUCGUUUACCAUCACCCGUGAUUAAUAAGGGGCUCUUUGGUGGUGAUGGUAUCAAUUUCUCACCGAGGCCCAAACAAGAACGUCCCAGAUCUUCUCCCCGAAAGAAAUCCAUCAUCACUCCCUCCACACAAUUUUCUCAAACAUUAAUUUCACCUAAAACUAGCUUUUAUCAGACUAAACCAUCAUGUUAUGUACAUUCAUUUCAAAAUGAGGCAGAUGAGGAUCGUGAAGAAUUACAAGUCAUAACACCUCGAAAAGUAGUGGAUGUUUAUUGUAAUUUGACUCGAAAGUGGAAUUCUCUUAAACAUGAUCCCAGUUUUGACCUAUCACUCUCUCAACAUAAAAAACGAAUCACAGAAGGGAAAAAGGCGACUCUUCAGAUGAGAAGAGAAUUGUGUGACAUGAACUCGACUCUCGAUACGUGCUAUUUUGAAAUGUCCUCAUUCACCAUGCCUGAAAAUAUUGACCCAAAAAAGAUGAACAUUGAUAAAGCAGCAUUUGAACGAUCACCCAUGUGUGAGCACGAACAGGAGCUUCAUGUGAAACGCCAACGAGAAAAGUUUUUGCGAGACAUCAAAUCUAAAACUCUAGCGAACGAAUAUGCAAAUGACAUGGAAUUUAAAACGCUGUCCUUAAUAUGUGACCUCAAAAAGAAGAAUGUAGAUGCUUUUUCAAUGUCACCACGAAAGAACAACUUGCAAAAUGAAUCCCCUCGAGCCGAGAAGGUUUCAUCCAACACAACUCUUCAAGAUUCUACCAAUGUCCAUGACCAGAAGAAAGUUGCCCACAGCCCCUCUACUCCCAAACGACCGCAAACCACUACCACAUGUAACCUUCGAACUCCUCGUAAAUACACCUUCUCGACAGUAGAUUUACACGACAAAGCGCCAGCCAGAACCAGUCCUCAAUCAUGUCCUCGACUUGCUUCUGCAAAAUCCGGAAAACAACCCUUACCUCCACUCCACAUUGGCUCCCCUCGAUUGGCAAAACCAACCUUUUCCUUCUCCGUUGCCACUUCCAAGAAACAUUAA